AUGCCAAGGUCUUUCCUUAUCAAAAAGAAACAGGCAGCAUGUGGCGGGUGGCGAUGGAGAGAGCCAGAGGAGUCGCAGUGGAAAGACCAUCACACAGUUGUGCGUGAUAAGGAACAGACUCUCGCCUUUCAUGACAACCUGAAGCCUGCCAUUCUCCCUCAGCCUGUAACCACCACAGGACCAGAGACAUCAGUGGCUGUAGGAAUUACAGCACCACAGACAGGACCAGGGGUAUUCGGGGCAGAAUCAGGCGAAGGCUGGUCCUCUCUGCUGCACCAAGGCCACUUCUACCACCCUAACCCACUGGCAAUGGCUUAUCGAGCUAAGCCCCGUCCCCGUACGGCACCUGGCUCAGGGGCCUUCAUGUGUUCAGUGUGCCACAAGGUAUUCCCCUUGCAACGCAUGUUGACACGCCACCUCAAGUGCCACAGCCUAGUGAAGAGACACCCUUGCAGGUUCUGCGGCAAAGGAUUCAACGAUACAUUCGACCUCAAGAGACACAUGCGCACACAUACAGGUAUCCGACCCUACAAGUGUGAGUUAUGUGAGAAGGCCUUCACGCAGCGCUGCUCCUUGGAGUCCCACAUGAGGAAGAUACAUGGCGUCCACCAGCAGUUUGCCUACCGCCAGCGGCGCUCCAAGAUCUUUGUCUGCGAGGAUUGUGGCUACACCUCUAACCGCCCCGACGAGUACUUUCUCCAUGUGCGGCAGUGCCAUCCGGGCAGCCCCGCCCUGCGGCGUUACUACCGGCGCCAGGCGCACGAGCACACUGAACGUAAACUGAGCCCCUAUAUGGUGUACGCGACCCCUGGGUACUUCAUGUGA